GAAGUAGGCCUGAAGUUGAUUUGUUUUUCGUUUCCUAGGGAAGUAAUACAUCACAGUGAAAAAUUUGAGUGUGAAAGUUGCGGAAGAUUUUCUCCCGUUUUUAAAUUCUAUAUUUUUGUUUGUUCUUCUCAAAUCUGAUGUCGUGGUUCAUCUAAAAAACGAUCUGCUGCAACGGAAAAUGAAGGCAGGCGGCCCACGUCGGCUACCCCACAUUCUGCAGGCCAUAGAGGACCUGGGGGACGUCAGAGGCUGCAGCACCAAGCGGAUCAUCGAUCAGCUGGAGAGCACUCACUAUGGCAACACUGAGAGGCCGAAGAACCUGACGGGCGACGUCAGAAGGGCUCUGAAGUACGCCGUGGACAACGGCAUCGUCAGAGAACGGGCCGGAAAGUUCACCGUGGCAAGCUUCUACGGGACCAAGAGGGGCACCGAUCCCAACAAGUCUAUAUUCGACUGCAGGAGGCGGAGGAAGAGGGGAGGCAAAAGGAGAAGGCGCAGGAGACAUGCAAGCCUCAGCAGUGUCACGGACUCUGAGGCGUCAUUGUCAGGGGAGGACUGGGAGACGAAUAGGGACCGAUCGUAUUCGCGCAGUCGCAGCAGGUCACCACAGUAUACAACCGAAGGCAUAAUAAGUCACCGUAGAAGGAGGGGCAAGAAAAGGCGUAGGAGAAGGGGAAGGAGGCGCUCCCUGAACGACCGAGACGAUGAGCCGAAGACACCUGGAAGAGAUGGCAGGUGUCUCGCUCAUCACAUGAAAGAUUGUGAAAAUCCAGGAUGUCAACGUAACCACGAAAAAGAAAUGGACGAAGAACAGCCUGGAAGUUAUAUCAACUGAUCC